AUAAAAGCUGCUAGCAAGUCAUCCAUCCUCGGGUCUUCUUCUUCAUUACUUCUAAACCAUGGCGCCUCACCAUGAUCAUACAAAAUUCUGUGAUCGUUUUUUCAUGCUUAAGCCAGAAGAAGCUAGCUUAUGUGAGCUUGUUCGCUUUAUGCUUUUCUCUGAAUCAGAAACAAAAAGAUUCAUCGAAUGCACUGAAGAGCACAAGCGAGAUUUUUGGCGCCGAUGGUACAUCUUCAACUCCCUGCUUUUGCAGAAACUCUUAUCCUGGGGAAAAGUACCCAUGGUUCAGAUCGGAAAUAUGAUGGAGCUGUGGCUGAAUCUUCUUUCAGGAAACGGGGGAUUUCUCAUGCUAUUUUCUAAUUUUAUAGAAGGAGAGGUGGUGUGGCCGGAACGGUCAUCGGCGACGUUCACAUCUAUGUUGGGAAACAUUGAUGGAAGAGUGGAGUUAGACAAAAGCAUUAGACAUGACAGCAGAAAAUACAAAACAUCGCUUGCUAUGAUGGCUUCCAAAUUGUCGUAUGAAAAUGAAGCAUUUGUUCAAACCAUAGUCAGAGAUCAAUGGAACAUGGAAAACUUGGGGUUCUACAACUUCUGGAAUGAUUUCUUAGGGCAAGCUUCAACACAAGCAAUCAUGUUGCAAGACACGAGUUCUAAGCCUCCCUUGAUUGUGGUGGCAUUUAGGGGAACUUGCCCGUUCGAUCCAGUUGCAUGGGGAACAGAUGUCGAUUUGUCCUGGUUUGAGAUUCCAAACGUGGGCAAGGUCCACAGUGGCUUUAUGAAAGCUCUUGGCCUGCAGAAAGACAAAGGUUGGCCUAAGGAAAUAAACCAAUUAGGAAGUCAUGACCAAAGACAGUUUGCUUAUUAUGCAAUAAGACAAAGGCUGAGAGAAAUAUUGCAGAAGAAUGAGGGAGCUAAGUUUAUAUUAACAGGACACAGCUUGGGUGGGGCAUUGGCCAUUCUGUUUGUGACUGUGCUAGCAAUGCAUGAGGAGGCAUGGCUGUUGGAGAAGUUGGAAGGGGUUUACACAUUUGGGCAGCCAAGGGUUGGGAGCAAACAGUUUGGGGAUUAUAUGAAGGAGAAGUUGAAAAAGUAUGAUGUGAGCUAUUUUAGAUUUGUUUACUGCAAUGACUUGGUUCCCAGGGUCCCUUAUGAUGAUGAAUUUAUGUUUUUUGAGCACUGUGCGCCAUGCAUCUACUUCAACAGCUUCUAUGAAUCAAAGGUUUUAUUGGAGGAGCCGAAUAAGAACUACUUCGGAUUGUUCUGGGAGAUACCGAAGUACGUAAAUGCAGUUUUUGAGCUAAUACGUGGUUUCAUAAUCCCGUAUAUAAAGGGUGAAGAAUACAAAGAAAGUCUGCUAAUGAAAAUGUGUAGGGUGAUGGGAUUGAUCAUUCCGGGAUUAUCAGCACAUCUUCCUCCAGAUUAUGUUAAUGCCACCAGAUUGGGAUCCUUACCUACAGAACUCCAAAACCCAAAGGGAGAAAUUGAGAUUAAGAGCUUGUAA